AUGGAUUCUAUUCCAAAACUUCUGAAAAUUGAGGGAUAUCAUGAAGUGCUUAUCACAGCUGAUAUAAUCAAUGCAUUGAUACUUGGAGCUAAAGGAGAAUCUGAAGCAAUGGACAAGGUUUUAGAAUCAAUAUUUCCACCAAGUGAUGCAUCACACAAAAAGCAGCCAACCACUGGAUGGACUCAACAUACAUUUUUGGAACAGGCUAUAUCUGACUUGGGGAACCGUACAGAAUAUGAUUUAUGGAUUGAAGCUACAAAAGCAGCUUUAAAAAAUGACCAAAUGAAAAAUUUCCUUCAUCAAACAGAUAGUGUCAAGCUCAUUAUGGACUGCUUAGAGAGUGUAGAUAAGUCAAGGAAACUUGGGGGCUUGGAGCUUCUGUCAUUAUGUUAUGACACAGAUAUUCUUCAUUUUCCUGUUGAUGAGCUAAAUAUCAAGCUACUCAUCCUAUUAGAUGACUCCAAUCUUCAAGUACAAGAGGGGUCCCUGGCUUGUAUUAAGGCCAUGUCAUCUAAAGAUAUAAUGAGCCAACCCAAAAUCAUUCGCAAAUGUUUCCAAUUGUUGGAGCACAAGGAUCAUAACAUAGCCUUCUCAUCAUUAAAAACCCUCAGAUCACUGGCAACCCAGAAUCAAACUGCAAAUUAUUUGACUCUUCCAGCAUUCAAGCGCAUCUGUGAAUUUGUGACUGAGACAGAUACAGCCUUUCAUGAUGUCGCUAUUGAUUGUAUUCAAAGACUCUCUGACUUUGAUGCUGGCAAACAGACACUCCUCUCAUCUGAUGCACUCCUGUAUCUCUUUGGACGCCUAAAUGGUACCCAUAUAGAUAGUCAGAUUCUAAAAGUCAUUCAGAUCAUACUUUCUCAUGGAUCAGGAAGCACUACUGUCCUUGGAAUCAUUAUAGAUCAUGUGCUUUCUGGCCUGGCAACAGGACCAGAAAAUCUAUAUGCAGAGUAUAUGAAACUUGUGCAGAAUGUCCCCCAUGAAUUUAAUUUACCUGCAUCCAGCCUCAAGCUCAUAACAACAUUAUUGAAUGACAAAAGAGCAACAGUUGUCCAACAUGUUAUCCAGCUGAUAGUGUAUUUCUCUGGACAAGAUAACUAUCAAGCAUUGUUGUUAUCUGAAAAUACCUGGGAAGGAUUACUUCAGCAGCCUGAAACAGCUUACCUUGUACCACUCUUCCUGGCUGCCAGGCCCUCUACAAUCCACUCAGUUCAGCUGGCAGCAUCUUCAGGAAUAGUUCCACAGUUGCUAAACUUAUAUGCUGCUCCAGAACUUGAAUCUCAGGUUGUUGGACUUAUGGGAAUGCUUGCUUUAGAUCUAACAUAA